GUCUAGUCUCUACAUGUCUGUCUUCAGGAGUCUCUGCUAUCUCUCUCUGAGCUGGGAUAGUUUAGUGUUCAGAAACAUGACAGACCUUUUAUUAAAGAUUAGAAACAGCAUAGCAGAGAAGAAGAAGAAGAAGAAAGCAGUUACUCAGAGCGACUUAGUGAAGUUCGGUUUAACAGUGAUCCAGCUCAGACCGUACCAGUUGGAUGGAGUUCAGUGGUUGACUCAGUGCCUGAAGAACCAGCAGGGAUGCAUCUUAGGAGACGAGAUGGGUUUGGGAAAAACCUGUCAGACGAUCUCUCUGCUGGUCUACAUGUCCGGAGCUCUCGGGAAGAAAGGUCCGUUCUUGGUGCUGAGCCCGCUGUCGGUCAUGGAGAACUGGAGGAAGGAGCUGGAAUGCUUCGCUCCGUCUCUGACUGUUCUGUGUUACAACGGAGACAAAGAGAGACGAGCUGAGCUUCAGAGGGAGACGGACACUCAGGACUUUAACGUUCUGCUCACUACGUACGAGCUGUGUCUCAAAGAUACUUCGUUCUUGAGACGGUGGAAGUGGAAGGUGCUGGUGGUGGACGAAGCUCACAGACUGAAGAACCAGAAUUCACUCUUGCACAAGGCCUUGACACAGUUCUCAGUUGGUUUCAGAGUCCUGCUGACGGGGACCCCCAUCCAGAACAACCUGGAGGAGCUCUACUCCCUGCUGAGCUUCAUUCAGCCCAGCGUCUUCACCGACGACGAGACGGACAACUUCACCAACUCUUACUCCAACGUUCAAAACCAGCCUGCUCUCGCUGCUGAGCUGCAGAGCAUCCUGGAGCCCUUCCUGCUCCGUAGAGUCAAGUCAGAAGUGGCAGUCGAUCUGCCGAAGAAGUCGGAGCUGUUGGUGUACCACGGCAUGUCGGCCCUGCAGAAGAAAUACUACAAAGCCAUUCUGAUGAAGGAUCUGGAGGCUUUUGGAAACGAACAGGGAAACAAGAACCGGCUGCUGAACAUCCUGAUGAACCUGAGGAAGUGUGUAGACCACCCGUACCUGUUUGAUGGGGUGGAACCAGAGCCGUUUGAGAUGGGGGAACAUCUGGUUGAAGCCAGUGGGAAACUCUGCCUCCUGGACAGCAUGCUGACUUACCUUCACAAGGGGGGCCAUCGGAUCCUGCUGUUCUCUCAGAUGACAAGGAUGUUGGACAUACUUCAGGAUUACAUGGAGCACAGAGGUUACAGCUACGAACGUCUGGACGGGUCCGUCCGAGGGGAAGAAAGAAAUCUAGCAGUGAAGAACUUCAGCAGCAAAGAUAUCUUUGUGUUUCUGCUCAGCACUAAAGCAGGGGGAGUCGGCCUGAACCUCACAGCUGCUGACACCGUCAUCUUUAUGGACAGCGACUUCAACCCUCAAAACGACCUGCAGGCUGCUGCACGCUGCCAUCGGAUCGGUCAGAACAGGCCGGUGAAAGUGAUCCGUCUUCUGGCGAGAGACACUGUGGAGGAAAUAAUGUACUCUCGUGCUGUAUCCAAGCUGCAGCUCACCAACACGGUUAUCGAAGAAGGACGCUUCUCUUUGCUGGACCAAGCUCAGUCAGCUGCUGCAGACCUGCAGCUCAGUGAGAUCUUGAAGUUCGGGGUAGAUAAGCUUUUGUCGUCGGAGGAGAGCUCGGUACAGGAUGUGAAACUGGAGAAGAUCCUCGGUCCGUCGCGUGACGGUCAGUGGGUGGAUGAAGACUUGACCUCGCUCAGAGAGGAAGAAGAGGAGGAGGAGGAUGAAGAGGAAGAGAAUGGCUCUGAAUCUGACAGGCAGAACCACAUGUACUACUUCGAGGGGAAGGACUACAGUAAGGACCCGAGCUCUGAGGACCAGAAGAGCUUUGACCGUCUCUUGGAGGACCAGCUGGCUGAGAUCCAGAGAGCUGUAGGAGACGGACGAGCUCUGAGACACAAAGCUGGAGUUUCACUGUCGGUGGCUCUUGGGAUACCAACGAGGAAGAGGAAACCUUCUACUGAGGCCGAGCUGGAGCUGAGGCGCCAGAGACGGGAGGAGGCUUCAGCCAAGAGAGCCAAACUGCAGGAGGACGUGAAGAAGAAGCAACAAGAGCAGAAAUACAAGAAAAAGAUGGCGUGGUGGGAGUCGAGCGGCUACAGAUCACGGUGUCUGCCGUCUGCGGACAGUGAAGAAGAAGAAGAAGAAGAAGAAGAGGAGGAUGACGGCAGCCUGUGCUCCACAGACUCUGACAGCACGGCCAUCAACUAUGUUCUGGGUGAUGUUACUCAUCCUCACGCCGCUCGGGGAGACGCCAUCAUCGUCCACUGUGUUGAUGACUCGGGUCGGUGGGGCCGGGGCGGCCUGUUUACGGCUCUGGAGGUUCGAUCAGAUGAACCGCGGAAGAAGUAUGAGUUGGCUGGCAAGAUGAACGAUUUGGACGUUGGAAAUGUGCUGCUCUUCCCCAUUGACGACAAACAGUCCAGACUAGACGGCCAGGAUCAGCUGGCCCUGAUCGUGGCACAGCAACGAGACAAAGCCAACAACCUGUCUGGGAUCAUGCUGACGGCUUUGGACGCGGGUCUGAAGAAGAUUUACGCCGCAGCCAGAAGAAACAAGGCAUCGGUGCAUCUUCCUCGCAUCGGCCACUCCACCAGAGGCUUCAACUGGUACGGCACAGAGAGGCUCAUCAGGAAGCACCUGGCCUCCAGAGGCAUCCCCACAUUCAUAUACUAUCACAGCAGAGCAGCAAAGAGCAUACCUCAGACAUCCACCUCUGCAGCGUCAACAUCCUCCCCCGAACCACAAGCAGAAACCCCUGGCCCCUUGGCUCCUCUCCGGACCCCCCCCAGCCCAUCGUCUCCUCUCGGGAGCCCCCCCGGCCCCGCAGAGCUCCCCGAUUUCAUGAGUGGAGUCCGGGUGUUCUUCUACAACCUGCCUGCAUCAGAGAGGAAGACGCUGGCCCGCUACCUCGUCACGUAUGAUGGAGACGAAGAGGAGAUCAUGAGUCCGGAGGUCACCCACAUCGUUGCAGAGGUGGAGAACAGCAUCCACUCACAGGAGCUCCAGGAUCUGGUGCGUCAGUACUCCCAGGCGGUCCCGGUGCAGAAGGACUGGCUCGAGUCCUGCUUCUCCAAACAAAGAAGAGUCAACACGGCUCCGUUCCUACAUCCGCUCAGAUAACACUGUUUGAGAUAUUUAAAUAUAUAUAUAUCUCUCUUUUUAAACUCUCCUUUUGUGUCCAGCUUCAAUGAACUUUAGUCGGCUUGCUUGAAAAGUAUAUUACAUGACAAAUCAUAUCAAAAUAUGAUGCAAUCAUUGAUAUACAAGUGAAAUGAGGAGUCAAUAAACAAACACUUCUCUCUGCUGCUGUGUGGGAGGAUGAUACACAGAUAGAUAGAUAACAACAUGAGAAUAAAAACACAGCAGCGAAGCCACCAGAACUGCUACGGAGAGCUGUCGCUAUAAUAGAGUAUGUGAUAAUGGAGGUAAUGCAAAUGUAAGGUAAACAAAGAGAAAUUAAAGAGUAAAAACAGUGCAAGAAUAAAAUAUAACUAGGGAUAAUAUAAAAUACAAAUUUAAGAUAACUAUAAUUAAAGUCCCGCAAAAGUUAUUACAAGUAAAAACAGUACAAAGUGAUGAUACUUUCGUAACAUCAACAACAAGGAUACAUACAUUUAAUAUAACAUUACAAUCACCAAAGAUGAUAUAUAAUAAUAAUAAUAUAUAUGUAUAUAUAUAUAUAAUAAUUAUAAUAUAUAUAUAAUUAUUAUAUAUAAUAUUUAUAUAUAUAAUUAUUAUAUAUAUAUAAUUAAUUAUAAAUUAACUCCAUAUUUAUUUUUAGGAUUGACUGGUUCAUUAAAGAAUGCUUCGUCAGUCUAACCUUAUUAAAUCAUCUCUGAUUUGAUGGUAAUAAUUUGUAUUUAAUUUGUACUCACUGUAGGGAUGUCGAUCAAUUAAAAUAUUUAAUCAUGAUUAAUCUCACAUUUUCAGGUAGGUUCUGUUUAACCCUUUAAAACUGCCAUAAAAUUAUAUAUUAAUAUUAUUUUCCACUUUCACUGAGUUAAAUUUUUUAACCGACAUCAGUCCUGAUCAUAAUUACCAAAUAUUCAUUCAUUUUCAGAAUUGUAACCCUUUUAAAUGUUUGUUUACGUGAUGCCACUGUUGUUUUUUUAUGAAGAAAAACACACACAUUGAAUUAUUUUCUGUAUAAUAAAUGCUCAGCAAACAGUCUGGGAUGAUCAGUCGAUGAUCGGCGACAACA